AUGGCGCCCAUCACCACACACUCGACCGAAGAGACGCAUGCAGCGCUGCUCGAUACGCUGGACAUGCACAAGAUCCACAAGCCGUUCCGCAACCCCAACUGGAAGCCGCCGCAACGACGCAACAAGAAUCUCAAACAGAUACUGUCGGAAGCCCAGCGCGCCCAGCAGAGCCUCCUCAACACUCAGCAGAACUCGGGCGCGAGUACGCCGCAGCCUGCGACCGAAGGCACCAAUCCUCCUUCCCUCAACCCGAACCCAGAGAAAGCAAGUCAGGACUUGGGACGAUUAGUACUGGAGAAGAACGCGAAGCAAAGCAACGGCAUCGCAACGCCCAAUCCUGCUGCGGCAUCAUCAGGCAUCGGGCCCAGCGUCACGUAUACCAGCAUUUCUGCUGCACCGAGUCUGAAGCCCAAGAAGAAGUACUGCGAUAUCACCGGUCUGCCAGCCAAGUACAAGGAUCCAAAAUCAGGGCUGUACUACUACAACGCGGAGAUCUAUGUUGUGGUGAAGAACCUGAGCACGACGCAAGUGCAGGAGUAUCUUGCCACUCGAGGAGCGAAUACUGUAUUGAAGUGA